AUGACCCAUUCGACAGCAAACCGCGCGUCAGCCCACCAGGGCCAAGACCACGGACACAUUCAUUUGGAUCCGGAAUCCGGCGACCGUCGAGUUGCUGUGGCCGUCUGGGCCAACGGGCUCCUGACAGCCGCUCAGAUCAUCGGCGGAGUCUUUUCGGGAAGCCUGGCUCUCAUUGCGGAUGCAAUUCACAAUUUCUCGGAUAUGGCUUCUCUCGUCAUCGCGUUCGGUGCCCGCAAGGUGGCUCGCCGCCCGCCCGAUGCCGAGAUGACCUUCGGAUAUGGUCGARUCGAAAUCGUCGCAGCACUGAUCAACUACACGUCGCUGAUCAUCGUGGGUUUCUUCCUGGUCUACGAAGGGAUUAUGCGUUUUGUCGAUCCGCCCGAUGUCGAAGGUUGGACAGUGAUCAUUCUAGGARGCGUCGCGCUGGCAGUCGACCUCCUGACAGCCCUUUUGACCUACUCUAUGCAGAAGGGCAGCGUAAACAUCCGAGCRCUCUUUCUCCAUAAUCUCAGUGAUGCUCUCGCUUCGGUGGCCGUUAUCGCUGGCGGUGUGCUGAUCCUGCUCUACGACAUCUACUGGGUGGAUCCUGCGAUCACCAUCGGGAUCGCAGGCUACAUCUUAUGGCUCGCCUUUUCUGAGAUCGGUGAGCCUAUCCGCAUCUUGAUGCUGGGGGGGCCACCCAACAUCGAUACAGAUUCGGUCAUCGCCGCGAUCGAGGAGGUAGAAGGCGUCGAAGCGGUACACCACACCCAUUUUUGGCAGAUGCAGGAGCAUAAGGCAGCGCUCGACACGCAUGUAGUAGUUGCAAAGUYCGCGUGGGAAGACCAAGAGAACAUCAAGAAAGCGAUCAAGUCUCGACUCGUUCAAGACUUCGGUAUUGARCACUCCACGCUUGAGCUCGAACAGCAAGGAGGAAGCAAUCCCCGAACCACGAGCCGAUAUUGCCCUGAUUGA